AUGGAGGGCUACGGCGGCGCGUCAACGCUGAACGGAAUGUACUUUGCUAAGAUUGUGCAAGAUACGCUGCCAUCACUGGCAGCUGUCUAUUUUUUCGGUGCCUAUUUCAUAACUAUCGUCUUUCCUCCUGGUAGCGAGAAAAAUAGUGCCAGGCCGUCUCGUCGUUCAAAUGUGGUCAUCGGGUUUUUGAUAUCGACUGUCUUUCUGACUUAUAUCGCGGACUCGAUAAACCUGCUAUCUUCCACCUUUGAAGGUGACGGCGUUGUCUUUCCAAAGGGCCGAAUUCUAUUCGAGUUGUCGUCAGGGCUGCUCUGGUUUACAACAAUAUUGCUGUACUCGGACAAACUGCCACAGCCGGUGUCAUACCCUUUCUAUGGCCAGUGGAUCAUAUAUCUCGUAUCAGAGAUUUUCCUGCUGCUAUGUCCUGGAGUUAUUUAUGCUCGAGCAAACAUUAUCAGCAUACUAUGUCAAACGUUGAGAGUCAUUACCCUAUCACUACUUAUUUGUGCUGCGUUUGGCCCUCGGGUCCUUCCAGGCAAGAAUACAAAACUCGACGAGGAAAAUUCACCUUUACUUGCACAUGAGCAGCCACUUGUUGCAGAUCCGGGUGUCACCGGUGCCCGCGUAAAUGGGGCCGCAUAUGGGUCGUGUGACUCGGACACAUCGAACAACCAGUCAUCAAAAGACAAGCCGAAGGACCUCAAGGCCAAUGUCGAUGUUGGUGAUGGUGAAGAUAAUGAGAAAAAAGGAGGCAUCUGGUCGUCUAUGAAGGACUUACGGGAGCUUGCGCCGUUCUUCUGGCCUUCAGGGAGGCCACGUCUUCAACUCCUUUUCGGAGGAAUGAUCCUCUGCCUGAUAGCUGAGAGAGCAGUCAACCUUUUGAUCCCUAUCCAACUAGGGCUAAUAACUGAUAUCCUCAGCAAACCCCAAGGUGGACGGUUACCCUGGGAGCAAAUAUUAAUCUUCGCUGCGCUUCGUCUUCUCGACUCCAGUGGAGGGUUACCGGCGUUGAGAAGGUUUAUGUGUAUGCCAGUUGAUGAUUUCUCAUACCUGAAGCUGAGUACAACAGCAUUCAACCAUGUUAUGUCACUAUCUUGUGACUUCCAUGACAAUAAACACUCAGGAAGGUUAUGGACGGCAGUCAUUCGAGGACAGUCUGUAAAGGAUGUUAUCCACAGCAUCCUCUUCCUCGUCGCCCCAAUGAUCAUAGAUCUCGUGUUAGCUGUUGGCGUGCUUUACUACGUCUUUGAUGGCUAUAUGGCACUUGAUGUUGCGACGGUGAUGGUACUCUUCCUGUGGUCCUCUAGUAAACUCGUCGCGAAACAGAAGGAUAAGCGACGAGAGUGGAACGAGGCUCGAGGAGCAGAAUUUACUGCUCUAUGUGAGUCGACAGAAAACUGGCGCACUGUUUCUUAUUUCAGCCGAGUUCCCUAUGAGAUAUCACGCUACUUGUCACUGGUACAGGCUCAACUGAAAGCCCGAUUCAAAUUUCGAUUUUGGGACCAUAUGGAGAAUGCGUCCCAAUCGGCCUUGCUGAUAUGCGGACUAACCGCUGCUUGUUUUAUGGCAGCAUAUCAUGUUUCCACAGGAGAGAAGCCGAUUGGAAGUUUUGUUAUGCUACUGAGUUACUGGGCUCAGUUAUCCAGCCCUUUACAAUUUAUCGCCAAUGGGUUUGGGGAAAUGGCUCGUGACUUGGUCGACGUCGAGGAAUUCCUCUCAAUUUUACGCCAACAGCCCACCGUCCAGAACGCUCCCGAUGCAAAUCCUCUGAAAUUUGAAUCUGGUAACAUCAAAUUUACUGAUGUCAAUUUUUCAUAUGAUGGAAAGAGAGGAGUACUCCGAAAUAUCAACUUUCAAGCCAAAGCAGGCGGUACUACUGCAUUAGUUGGUCAGACUGGUGGAGGAAAGUCAACAAUCCUGAAGUUGAUAUUCAGAUUUUAUGAUCCCACUCAAGGCAUGGUGGAGAUUGAUGGCCAGGAUGUAUCUGGUGUUUCUCUGGAAACUCUUCGGGAAGGUAUUGGCGUGGUCCCACAGGAUCCAACACUUUUCAAUGCGUCAAUUAUGAACAACCUACGUUACGGAAAGUUGGAUGCUACCGAUGAGGAGGUAAUGGAAGCUUGCAAAGCAGUUGCUCUUCAUGACAGAUUUAUGAGCCUGACGGAUGGGUAUGACACCUUGGUUGGCGAAAGGGGUAUGAGAUUAUCUGGUGGAGAACUGCAGCGUGUUGCCAUUGCACAGGCUAUUUUGAAGAACCCCAGAAUUGUUCUUCUAGACGAGGCUACAAGCAGUGUGGAUAGUGAAACAGAGGCAGUGGUUCAAGAGAGUCUGAAAAAACUCACCGCAGGCCGAACCACACUUGUUAUUGCACAUCGACUCUCCACAAUUGUCAACGCAGAUAGGAUUGUUGUCAUAAACAAUGGCGAGAUUGUUGAACAGGGAACCCACGCCGAACUACUACAGAAUCACGGAUAUUACCACCGCCUAUGUUUCCGCCAGGGAUUUUUAGAAGCAAGUGAAUCUGAUAGUGGCACGCCAUUCUCAGAGACUACUUGUUCCUGCCAUCAGUAUCCAUCGAACGGGGAGAGGUCAUGGAAACCAGAUGCACCUGAAUUUAUUCCAAAGACAUAUAAAGCGCCAGGAGUGAAUCAGCCCCAAUUCCCAUUAAGCGACUGUGAUCAAAACAGGCUACGACCAGAAGACAAAGGAUUCUCAGAGUCAACUGUUGAUAUUUACGAAACAGAAACGGAUGACAGCUUUCACAUCGAAACAGGACCUGAAAAGGAAAACCUUCAAGUAAAAUUUGCAACAGGACGCACCACGAACACCAAUGGUUGCGAUCAGACUUUAAAAGACAAUAUUAGACGGAGUCACGACGAAGCUAAGCUGUUUUAUCCCACUACGAACCAGAAUGCUAGGGGAAAUUCCUUGGGCUUUGACGAGGGAUACGAUGCUACGGCUGCCGAAGGAACCGCUGUUUCAAAACGUGACGCACAGGAUAAUUUCCGCAGAGGAUUAUCAAAGAGCGAGCCCUCGAACCUGGCAAGGGAAAGUAGUAUGGAUGAAGAUGAGGACUCCGGUGACUGGCAGACUGUUGGCACCAAAGCGACAAACACCCUAUGCCCGAAUAAAGCACAAAGUAGAAGCUCAGCACGUCCUCGUCGUCCUCGUCGCAGAAACCGGAAAGGAAUAGAGAGCUAUCAAAGAACGGGAGUUCAGCCCUGA